CCUAGCCUCUUAUGAAAAACGUGCUCUACUCGCAGCACGAUUGCCCUUCAAUCUCAUUGAAAUCACGUCAAAUAUUUUGCCAAUUUGUGUUGACGAGAUUGAAUUAUUAUCAUCAGACAGGUGGGUGAGUGAUCACGAGCCCAGAUCAACGAUCUGUACCUGCAUUUGACAUAGCCGUAUUGGUUCAAGAUACGAAUCGCGUGCCAGUCUUUGGUGCCUGGAUUAUGUCCCUUGGCUCGUGAGUACAGAAACGUUACAUGCGUCCGGCAUUGUGUGCAUUUAUAUGCAAAUGCACUUUUAUGUUGUUGCGAUGGUUACAGCUCGCAUCAACAAUGACAUGGCAAUUCGUAUUUCCAAUCGUGAAUCGGCAGUUUUACUUAGCGAGGCAGUCAAUACGGGCACUGUCGCGCGUGUCGUCUGCGCAGAGCUUUACAUCCGCAUUCAAACACUUACCUGCAAUGGAGUUGAAAGGACGUGUUAUCGUGUACUCCAUCCUCGGAUGCCCUCACUGUAUGCGGGCCAAGAACAGUCUGCAGGAACUCCGGUUACCAUACUCUGAUGUCGGUCUCGACAAGUUCCCACAGUGUCGUCAGGAGUUGCAGACACGUACGGGGAAGAAGACGGUGCCGCAGAUAUUCUUCAAUGCAGUUCACGUCGGUGGGAACGACGACCUACAAAAACUGAUUGCUGAAGACAAGACACGUCUUAAUGAGCUGAUCGAAGAUGUAAAGAACAAUCAGCCACCUAAAGAUGCCCCUCAACUGCCGGACCCAAGCACUGCUGUGGAGGAUGCAGAUACUGGUGAUUUUACAUGUGAGCCAGAUGAGUAUGCAAGACUUGUUCAGGAACUGAGACAGAGUGGCCUGAUUGCUGACCAUCGUCAGGGUCUCACCGUCCACAAGAAGUCCUUCAUGGGGAAAGAGUUUGUGGACUGGGUUGUCAAGAAUAAGGGUUUGGAGCGGGAUCGUGCAGUGGAGAUGGGCCAGCAGCUGGUGGACAAACACUUCAGCCACCAGGUCAAGACUGGCCAGGAGACAUUCCGGGACGACAAGGUGUACUAUCGCCUGCUCGAUGAUGACGACUCUGUCGCCCUGAAUGAUAUUGGACAGAUGUCGGAGUGUGAACCACGCCAAGCCAGUGACCUUGGAGGCGAACUGAGGAAACUCAUUCUGAAGCUGUACAAUGCCUUCCUGUCCAAGGACGGUCGGAAAGUGAAUUAUGCUGGGAUCGGAGGUAGCAGUGAGUUUGAGCGCUACACAAAGCUCACAAAGGAACUUCUACGGGUCCAGAUUGUUGACGCGACUCGUGAGGAGAAACUUGCCUUCUUCGUCAACGUGUAUAACGCCCUUGUAAUCCAUGCCAACAUUGUCAAGGGGCCCGCCACCAACCUGUGGCAACGCUAUAAGUUCUUCAACACAGUAAAGUACAUGAUUGGGGGUGUUGUUUCAGUUCUUCAACACAGUGAAGUACAUUACUGGGGGUGUUGUUUCAGUUCUUCAACACAUGAAGUACAUGAUUGGGGUGUUGGUGCAGAGAGCUGCCCACCAAUCAAGACCUACACACCAGAGGGUGUGAUAGAGCAGCUACAGACGGCUGCGGAGGCGUUCCUAGAUGGUCCUGAUGGCUGUCAGGUUGACGUGGCCAAGAAGACGCUUUUUCUUUCACAAAUAUUCAAGUGGUAUGGGGUGGACUUUGGACAAAACAGUGAGGAGGUGGCACAGUGGGUCUACAAGAACAUGGGGGAAGGUGAGAAGAAGGACCAGCUGAAGGAGGUGCUAGCAGCAAAGAAGUUCAAGGUCUCAUACUUGCAUUACGACUGGUCGGUCAACUCGUAAGCUUGAACAUAUUGACGGUUGUCAUCAAUGAAGUGCAUCUGCUCACAUCUGCUGCUCAAACACCCUGUGUUCUUUACAUGACCAGGAUAGUGUGUGCCUGAAUUCUCCACAAAAUGUGAUUUAUGAUACAUAAUACAUGUUAUACCAUCGUCUGUUAAAACUCUAUGUGUUAUGAUAGAUGUCGUACCAUGAGAUAUUAUGUGUUUCUACACAUAUCAUGCUAUAAUCAUCCAUUACGUGUCAGAAAAUUAUGUGUUUUGAUACAUGUCAUACCAUUAUCUGUUACAUCUUAACAAUUUAUGUGUUAAGAGACAUGUCAUACCAUUAUCUGAAUACAUGUACA